CUUUUCCUGGACGACACCAAAGUCAAAAACUUCAUCACCUGCUUCAAAGACGUCGGCUUCCUCACCUUCUUCUUCAAGCGGCUGGAGCCGAACCGGAGCGGGCGUUACGAAGCCGAAUUCCCUUUCCUCUCGCUUUGCGGCACGGAGCGGAAUUUCCUCCGUUGCGACGAUCGUCCCGUCGUCUUCACCCAACUCCUGCCGGGCUCCGGUGAGAACCGGUUCCUCUCCUACUGCGGCGGCGGCGAGCGUUUGGCCGUGCCGUUCCAACCCGAAAGUUUGGUGGUGUUGCCGGAAAACGGGCGGCUCUAU